AUGCCGGGGCUUGCGAAACAGGCCUGGGAUGGUUUGGGAGCCGCCUCCACGCAGCCGCCCCGGGGAGCCCGUGGGGGGAACAAGCCACGGCAGCGUCUGGGCUUUGCUGACCCCCAGCAGUGCCAGCCGGGCAGCCCCGGUGCCGUGCUGCGCUUCACCGACAGGCACGCCGAGAUCCGGGUGCCGGCGCUGCACCGCGUGCCCAGCUCGCUCGAUCCCCUCUACGGCCUCGUCCGGCGCUGCCUGGACCUCAUCCAGCAGAACCCGCUGCCCACAGCCGGGCCGUGGGGCAGGGGAUGCCAUGGGGAUGUUUUCCACCUGGCACAGGGCACCUGCAGCACCCCGAGCUUGGUGCAGAGGUGCCGACGAGGCUCUCCCGUGGCGCAGGUGGUGCAGUACGAGCUGGGCUAUGUCGUCUGUGCCGCCGUGGCUCUGCUCUUCACCGUGGCCGUGCCCGUGGCUGGGAUGUGCUUCUGCUACUGCCGGAGCCGGCGGCGCUGCGGGGGCCGCCUCCGCGCCCACCGGCGCUCGCUGGGCUGCCGCCGCCGCUGCCUGCUGACCUGCCUGUCCUUCACCUCCCUCGUCAUCCUGGUCAGCGUCACCUGCGCCUUCGUCACCAGCCAGCGGGUGAAGGGGCAGAUGGAGCCGGGGCUGGGGGCCGUGCCCUCCACCCUGCGCACGCUGCGGCAGCACCUUGCCAACGUCCCCCAGGGCGUGCAGAUGGUGGUGGACAAGUUCGAGGUGCCCCGAAAGCAGAUCAUCUCCGACCUGGGCGGGCUCAGCAGGAGCGUGGGGCUCUCCAUCCACGCGCAGCUCAAGGCCAUGACCUACGCGGCGCUGGCCGACCUGCAGGACAGGGCCGGAGACCUACAGACCUCGCUGCACCAUUUACAGAUCGUGCACAGGACGGCGCGGGCGCUGGCGGCGGCGCGGGCCGAGCUGGAGCCGGCGCUGCGGGAGCGGAGGAGCCGCGUGGUCGCGCUCCUCGACGACCCGCGCUGCACCUCCUGCGCCAGCGUCCUGGGCAGGGCUCACGGCCUGCAGCUGGGCGCCGACUACGGCAAGGUGGGCACAGGCUCCUGGUCCCCCUGGUCACCUCCCCACACCGCUGCCCCGGGGCUCACAGGGUGCUUUCUCCACCCCAAGGUGCCGUCGGUGGAGAAGGUGUUGAAGGCGCUGGCUGGUCUGCCCCGAAGUGACUUUGCGGAGAUGAUUCGCCAGGGCAAUGGCACCUUCAACUCCAUCCCGGAGCUGGCCGUGGAGAGGAUGGCGCAGGUCAUCCAGGAUCUGCGGGCCGAUCUGGCCCGCACGGCGGAGAAGGUGCAGUCCAUCGCCGACGGCUUCCCCCUCCCCGACUACACGCGGCCGGCGAGCGAGGCGCUGCUGGAGGCGGAGCACCGGAGCCGGCCGUACCUGCGGGAGGCGGAGCGCUUCGAGCGCUACAGGUGGAUCGCGGGCACGGUGCUGUGCUCCAUCAUCCUCCUCAUCCUCGCCUGCAACGUGACGGGAAUGGCCCUGGGGGCGUACGGGCUUUCCAAGCGGGAGGACCCCAGCGACUACGAGUGCCGGGGAGAAGCCGGCGCCAAGUUUCUCCUGGUCGGCGUGGGCUUGGCUUUCCUGUUCUCCUGGCUCCUCAUCCUCCUGGUUUUCGCCACCUUCCUGGUCGGGGGCAACAUCCAGACGCUGGUUUGCAGGAACUGGGUCAACCAGGAGAUUUAUAAGUUCAUCGACACCCCCGGGAAUCUCCCUCCGUCCAUGAACGUCACCCGCCAGCUCAACCUCCGGAGGGACUCCAACCUCAGCUCGGCAUACCGGGAGUGCAAGAGCGGCGCGGGGCUCUGGGAGGUGCUGCAGCUCGACAGCUCCUACGACCUGGAUGAGCACCUGAAAACCCCCCAGUACACGGCUGACUUCCAAAAACGCCUGGGCGACUUCACGGCGGACCUGGGGGACGUGCGGCUCCUCCGCAGCGAGGGCAGGCAGGACCUGGAGACCUUCGCCCGCAGCGGGGUGGACGAGGUGGACUACGGGCGCUUCCAGGAGGAGAUGAAGAACCCCGUGGUGCAGACCAGCCUGCCAGGUUUGGCGAGGAACCUGGAGGGGCUGCAGAAGAUGCAGAGGAACAGCACGGUGGCCGGGCGGCUGGCAGCGGAGGCGAGGGCGCUGUGGCACAUGCAGAACUCCACGGUGCAGUCGCAGGAGGCUUUGGUGGCAAAGCUGGGGGAAAGCGUCCAGUUCCUCUCCCGCUUGGCGCCACACCUCAAGGAGCGGGUGAGGAGGACGCUGGCCACCACGGCUUCGGUGGAAGCCCGGCUGCCCCUGCAGGCCCAGCAGAUCCUGCGGCAGGAGCUCGGCUGCUUCACCAGGAAGGAGCUGCGCUAUUUCGCCCAGUACCUCAACUGGGUCGGGCAGACGCUGAGGGAGGACGUGGCUUCGUGCCAGCCGCUCGCCACGGCCCUGGACAACGGGCGGGUCAUCCUGUGCGACCGCAUCGCUGAGCCCUGGAACGCCUUCUGGUUCAGCCUGGGCUGCUGCACCUUCUUCCUCAUCCCCAGCAUCAUCUUCGCCGUCAGACUCACCAAACACUUCCGCCCCAUCCGCAACCGCCUCAUCUCCACGGGGUCAGAGGAGACCUGUCCCUUCCACAUCCCCCGUGUCACAGCGCUCAAGCUCUAG